AUGUCUUCCAAAGCGGCCGUCAACCACCCAAUGAACACGAAGCAGAAGGAGCAGGACAUCAACCAGAAACUGCAGCUCUUCGGUAUCUACCAAGCGUUCAAGAAUGGCAAGCUACCAUCGAACAAACAAUGCGACGUCGCCUUGAACACUGCCCUACAGUCCAAGGCUCUUUCUUCGCCAUCGAAAGAACUCUCCUCUGAGGGACAAGGUCUUGUUGGAGAUCUCCGUGAUGUUAUCAACAACGCCAAGAAGCUCAUGUUGAGCAAGAACGACGGCCAGUUGCUGCAAGAGUUCCUCUGGGAGGCCCAGAAUAUCUCCGCAGAGAAUACAGAGAAGCCUAAUGUGCCUGUCUCCAAGGACUCGGCUCAACAGGACGCUCAAGAGUCCCUUGAGGGUCUCAAGACUCUCGGAAGACUCUUGAUCACCAAUGGGGAAUUCAGAAAGCUUCUCAAUGAUGCUAUGAUCCUGGCACGAGAUAUGGCCGGCGAUGUGUCUCAGAAAGCUGCUGACCGGCUGCGACCAUCGCAAGACCAGCUUGCUCAGAUUGAUGAGCCUGCCGAGGACAACGUGUGGCAUGAGCAGCCACCAGAUCUGUCCCAGCAGAAAGAGCAGUUCAAGUCCCGCUUCAGGAAGAAUAAGGAAGAGGGCAAGCAAGACGUAACGGACACGGCAGCCCAGGCUGCGACUGGCGGUCAGCAGCCCCAGAGCGUCCAGGAUGUCGAUCCUCGUGCUGGUGCAUCCGCUGGAGCGCAGAGAGCCCAGGAACUGGUCUCGGACAACAUUCCCGAGGAACAAAAGACUCGCGCUCGCGAGUACCGUGAAAGAACAAAGGGAUAUAUGUCGGAGAAGAUUCCCCAAGAGCGCCGCGACCAAGCCAUCUGGCGUCUGAAGAAGAUGGUUAUUGAAAUCCAAGGACAUUCUGAUUACCAGCAAGCUAUCCGGACUUUGCUUUCAAUGGCCGAGAAGUACGGCAGCCACACCCGAAACCUCACUCAGCAGGGAUCUGGAUCACUUCAGGACUUCCGGGGUGGUGAUAAGAUCCAGAAAAUGGAGAAGAAUCUGAGGACUCUGAUUGAGCGCUUCGCCAACAGCACUUCUCUUGACAACCUCUUUGACUCUCUCGAGAACAUCUAUCGUGAUGCCGACAGAGACCCUGAGCUGAAGGGAUGGUUCCGCAACAUGGAUACGUUCAUUAGAAAAACUCUGACUGAGCAGGGCUACAUUAUGGACGAUGAUUGCACUCGGCAGUGGAACCAAUUGAAUGAGCACGGACGUUACCUCCUGCGUGACCGCUACAAGGACCACACCGAUUGCAUCUUGGAUGAGAUCAAGUUCAUUGGUGAUCAAUUCAACCAGGACCCUCAAAAUCUGGCAUUCAGAAGCUCUCUAGAGAAGCUCUUUGAUGACCUUGGCCGAGAUUCAAAUGGCAAUGUGGCCUUCAAGAAACAUCUUCUCAAGGACGUCCGGGAUGUUAUUCUCCCUGCUGUCUUUGAGAAUGUGCGUUACGUUCCUAUCCCACGCAUCGAAGUCUCUGAUCCCUCAGCUGAUGUGGUUGUGGAAAACCUCGUCAUCGAGAGUGACAAUUUGAUGCCGAAUGUGGUUGAAUUUGGCAGCGAUAACUACUUCCGCUGGGGACGCAAGAAGAUUUCCAGCAAGCGAGACAACAAGAUCAUGAUCUCCGUUUCUGGAAUCCAAGCUGAUCUCAGAGAUGUGAGCUACUAUAUCAACAGAAAACAGGGCUUCCCAGCCAUCACCGACACAGGUAUUAUGGACAUCUUCCUUGGUGGCGAAGGCUUUGGAUUCAAGAUUGCAGCCUCAACUGCUCAGAAGGAGGACAGUCAGCACUACCUCAAGCUAGAGAAGGUGUCCGUCAAGAUUGACUCAUUCAACGUGAAGCUGAAGAAGUCGAAGCACAAGGCCCUCUUCACUAUCUUCAAGCCUCUGCUCUUCCGUGUUGUUCGUCCGACCCUCCAGAAGGUCAUUGAACAGCAAAUUCGGGAUGCGUUCGCCAAGGGUGAUGCCCUGGCAUACGAAAUCCAGUCUCGGGUUAACGAGGCUAAGGAAGCUAGUGCCCAGGACCCUGCCAAUGCUCCGAACAUCUACUCGCGGUACCUGGAUGCCUUCCGUGCCCGUGGCGAAGAAAAGGCACGCAAGGCCCAGGCCCAGGCCCAGGCUGCUGCUCAGCGUGGCACCAAGGUGCAGACCGCCACAACGCUUCACGACUCCAUCUUCCCCGACAUCAAGCUUCCUGGUGGUAUUUCCAGCAAGGCUACCGAGUACAAGGAGUUGGCCAUGAAGGGCGAACGAUGGGAGUCCCCGAUCUUCAGCAUUGGCAGUGCAUCCGAGUCUACCGACAUCCCCAAGCCGGAGAGGAUUUCCCGCAAGCGCAGCUCCCCUCUUGACAAAGGUCCAAGCCUCGGGGCCUCCACCCACGGUGGCGCGGCUCUUGCUGAUGGCAAGCCGAUGAACGGCGGUGUGGCGGCUCUCGAUGGACGGGCGGUCAAUGGCUCUCAUGCUCUGGGAACCAACGGCUACACGAACGGCCACACCAAUGGUCACACUAACGGUCACACUAACGGUCACACUAACGGUCACACUACCGCCUACACUGCCGGCACCAACGGCUAUGCUAACGGCCACUCCAAGCCCUAUGACCAUGUGGCCGCCUCCCGCGGCUUCUCCGAUGAAGUCAACCAGGCGUUCGGCAAUGGCCACACCAACGUGGCUACCAUCAACGGCCGUCCCACUGUCCCCGGUGCGCAGACCGCAUUCAACCCCCAGACUGCUUGA